GAGUUUCGAAACUGGCGCAAACAGAACUGGCGACAACGGUGACGGAACCCAGUUCCGGAAUUGGGCCCACGAAACCGUAGGCUACACGCCCUAAGUCUCCCCAUCAACCAAAGAGGCAGCAUGGCAGGAAAGAGCGAAGGCCGUUCGCAUUCUGCUACUGCUGAGCCGCCUACACGUUGCUUCGCAUCGACCUCGACGGCCGCUGCAAUUUCCUCCUCGAGCCGCGCGGCCGCGGCAGACUGCGCAUCGUCAAAAGCUUUAGAUGCCUUUUCCGCUACGGCGCGCAACCGCGCUGCUUCCUCCUCCUGGGUCUCCUUGGACGCGGGGGCGGCCCUACCAGCGUGGGCGGAAUGAGCGGGGAGCACAAGGAAGAGCAGCGCCUGUGAAAGCAAUCUUGCUCCGCUGGUCGCCAUGGUUAUCUCGACGGUAGUAGUACGGUCAGCGCUGCUGCUGUGCACGCAGAUGUUCGAAUUCGCCCUGCUGCCGCGCUCAGAACCCGGGAUAUGUGGGAAGGGAAGGAAUGGAGGAAAUUCUGUGUGGAAUCGAAUUGCUUUGCUGUGAAAUGGUGAUAAGGGGAAAGUUGCCUGAUGCGUGGACGAGUUGGCUGAUGCCGAGUUCGUGUGGUCAUCGGGGGAGGAUGGGGGGGGUGGAGAGAGGGGGGAGAAGCGGAUCAGGCUCAGGCGCAGCUGGAUUGAAGAGCACAGCAGGGAGGAGUGACGACCAACGCUUGAAAUGUGUCCGUCCGACCACAACUGCUGUGUUUUCUCUGCGGGAAAGUCGAGUUCUUUCAUCGUGUCCAACUUGGCGGACUUGCCUGACACUAGUUCGAGUUUGGGCUGAUAUUUAUGAAGUUCCUGGUAAAGAGGGGAAGCUUUUUGCUGUACAGUUGCGAUUGUGCACAAACUUUCGCGGAAACCAUACCUCG